AUGCAAGGCCUUUCUGCUUUCAGCACCGCCAAAAAUAGCACGAGUCCCAGCUGGGCAGUUCUGAAAGAGUGUCUUGGUGGUUUCCAGGACAUCCUGCUCAUCGACUACUUCAUGGAUGCCAAGAAGCAGGACACCGUGAGGGGAUCUCUGCUCAAGGUGUGCUGUUUCUCGGUCGACAAAGUCGCCGCCGCGAAAGCUGAAGAGCAGCUCGCAGCCGGUCUGUCCAUCAAUAAGGACGCCGCUCAAAGUCUGGAGACCAUGAAGCGCCGUCGAGCCUCAGGAGGGAAGGCUCAGGCCAGUCUGUAUGACAGAAUAGCGAUCGCGAAGCAGGCGAUGAAAGACAUAUCCAAUGGCAAGCCUGUUGAUGAGGAGACCAAGAAGACCGUGAGCUGGGUUGGGGAGUAUCCGGCUCUGUCUAACGCGCUCGAAGCACUCUCCGCAGGUUAUGGUGGCGACGCUUUAGAGAGUGAGGCGGAGACUUCUGCCAGAUUUCGUCAAUAG